CCGUUUUUCCUCCUCACUCCCAACAACUUUUUCUUUUCGCCUUUUAAUUUGUCACGACAAAACAAACGCAUGUAACGAAAUAAUAAUAAUAAUAAUAAUAAAAAUCCCCCACCCAAAAUACAGUUUCUAUCUUUCCUUUUUAAUUUCAUCAAAGAGCAAAAAAAGAAAAAAAGAUUAAAUUUUUACCUUUGAUUUUAUCUUUUUUAAGAAGAUCACCGUAUUGUUAGAUUUUUCCAUUGUUCCUAUAAACCGUCAUUCCCUUCUCUCUUUCUGUGUGUGUGGGGAGAUGAAUACCAAAGGAGAAACGAGCUCGGGAGGGGCCAAAGAUGGGGCUUUGGAUUCAUCCUCCGCUGCCAAGAAGAAUUCCAAAAAACCCAAAUAUUCUAGGUUUACACAGCAAGAGCUUCCUGCUUGCAAACCAAUUUUAACACCUGGAUGGGUCAUGACAACUUUUAUCGCUGUUGGCAUUAUCUUCAUUCCUAUCGGCUUUGCUUCCUUAUUUGCAUCAGAACGUGUUGUGGAAAUUGUGGACCGCUAUGAUGAGGAUUGUGUUCCUCCUAAUUACAGCUACAACAAGCUUGCAUUUAUUCAAAGUAGUGCAACUAACAAGACAUGUACUAAGAGAUUGACUGUUCCAAAGCAGAUGAAAAGUCCCAUCUAUAUCUAUUAUCAGCUUGAUAACUUCUAUCAAAAUCAUCGUCGAUAUGUUAAGAGUAGAAGUGACAAACAAUUGCGGAGCAGGGCGAGUGAGGAUGAAACAAGUGACUGUAAACCGGAAGCUGUCACUAAAAACAAUUCUGCAAUUGUUCCUUGUGGCCUCAUUGCUUGGAGUUUGUUUAAUGACACAUACGGCUUUUCAGUGAAAAACAAGGUGCUAGAGGUCAGCAAAAAAGACAUAGCAUGGAAAAGUGACCAAGAGCAUAAAUUUGGCUCUGAUGUCUAUCCGAAAAAUUUUCAGAGUGGAAGUCUGAUUGGGGGUGCCAAACUAAAUGCCAGCAUACCUUUGAGUGAACAAGAGGAUCUUAUUGUUUGGAUGCGAACUGCGGCACUGCCAACUUUCAGAAAACUAUAUGGGAAGAUAGAGACAGACCUUGAAGCUAAUGAUGAAAUAACAGUGGUAAUACAGAACAAUUACAACACCUAUAGUUUUGGUGGCAAAAAGAGGCUGGUUCUUUCAACCACAAGUUGGAUUGGUGGUAAAAAUGAUUUUCUGGGCGUAGCAUAUCUUACUAUUGGUGGACUGUGCUUGUUUAUGGCUAUUAGCUUCAUCCUUCUGUAUGUGAUCAAGCCAAGGCCUCUUGGGGACCCAUCCUACUUGUCUUGGAACAGAGGAAAUGUGACUGAAAGUUUUUAAGAUGUUCCUGUCUCUCAUGUCCAGCGUUAAACUUUCUUACUAGGCUGAACCUUAUCUAUGUUUGAAACAUUCAAAUUUGAGUGUAUAUAAAGAAAGGUCUGCUGUGAUCAAUAUUUUUCUCUUUUAAGAACCAAUGUGUUGUUCUAAGUUGAUGCUAGGAUCAGUUUUGUUAUAAAUAUUUAAUAAAGCUAGAGAGAUUUACAUGUUCGAUU